AAUGACCGUUUAGCCUGUUUAUUGACCUUGGUCAUAAUUCUUUCAUAGAUCAGAAAAACAAAAAUCGACUAUGAAGUCAUUGAGAUACUUGAUUUAGAAACAACAAUGCCAUCAUUUUGUUUAAAAAAAAUGCAUAUAUUGUUUCAAUUACUGCUUCUUCUUUUUGCUUUAUUUCACUCUUCUUUAUUUGUAUAGAUAAUGGAAAGCAACAAUUUAAAUAACCCUCCACCUCCUGCUUAUCAACAAAACCAAAAGCCGGGUCAAACAUAUUACCAGCCCCCAGAAAAUACAAACUACCCUCCUCCUCCUAAUCCACCACCACCUCCACCAGCUAAUAAUAUGGGUCAACGAUUUACUCAGUUUUAUGCACCUCCACAGAACAAACGACUUGGGAUGAAAAGAAGAUUGUGUUCUUUUCUUUGCUGUUGUAUCAUCAUUGGUCUCAUUAUAGGCCUUUCAGCAGGUCUCACCAGAAGAAGUUACUACAACACACCUUGUAAUUGUCGAACAAACGCUGACUGUCUUUAUCGAUAUGGUGCGGGAACAUACUGCUAUUCCAACUGCCAAUGUGCACGCCGUUAAUUUACUACUAAUACUACCUAAUAAAUUUUAAAUCGUUAUUGGCGGUAAAAGGGCCAUGCAUAUAAUAAUAAUCGUAAAGGGGAAAGGCAUACAAAUGCACCGUAAAUUAAUAGUUUGAAUUAGGAGUUGUUUUGAGUGCUUUAAACAAUGGUCUCAUGGUCA